UUUUUCUACAAUCUUGCUUUUUGUUUUGAGAAGCCAGAAUUUUUUUUUUUUUUUUUUUUUUUCUGUUUCCGCUUCAGUUCUCUCAUCUCUUGUGAUCGACCCCCUUGUUCCACCAACCCGGUCCCCCACCCUCGACCCUUCGUCUUCGUCUUCGUGUCCAGAGCCAUGUCGCUGAGCAGCAUCCAGCACCUGCUGAUCGACUUUGGCGAGGUCAAGCUGGAAAAGUCCAUCGGCAAGGGCUCUUUUGGCGUUGUCUGGCGAGGGCUCUACCGCGGCCAGGUCGUCGCCGCCAAGCAGAUGGCCCCCGAGGAAGGCGCCAACUUUAACAACAAGGAGGCUGACAAGUACACGGAGCGCGAAAUCCUCAUGCUCGGGUCGGUCCAACACCCAAACGUCGUCAAGUUUAUUGGUGCGGCAUUUCACAACAAGACUUAUUACCUUCUGACCGAGUUUAUCGACGGUGGCGAUCUUCACGCCUUGAUGGAGGACCACGACGUCCCAUGGCCUCAGCGCUUGAUUAUUGCGAUCGAUGCCGCUAUUCCGUUGGCACACUUGCACUCGCAAAGAAUGAUCCACCGAGAUGUCAAAACUGAAAAUUAUCUGAUGACGAGUAAAUGGCGAGCGAAAAUGUGCGACUUUGGCUUUUCUCGGCAUUUGGACUUGAGCAAGCAAAUGACAAUGUGUGGAACGGAUUGGACACUCGCCCCCGAAAUCAUGUUUUGCAUCCCCUACGAUGAAAAGGUGGAUGUCUUUAGCUACGGAAUGGUACUGUGCGAACUCAUUAGCCGUGAGCACAGCUCUACGUUCGAGCGCGUCAUUCCUGGGUUUGGUAUUGCAAGCAGCGAGAUUUACGACCGCGCAAAUGGAGGCUGCCCUGAGCCGCUCAUCCAGCUCACCGUCGACUGCGUCGAAGACGAGCCGUCAAAACGACCCUCCAUGGAGGCUGUGGUGGAGCGCCUCAAACGCUUGUAUUUUGAUUUUGUGGGUUCGGAAUACGAGCCUCUCACGUCCGAACCCGUGUCGGCACCUGCUGCUGCUGCUGCUGCCGCUACAGUGGAGGUGUGCACGCCGCCUCUGACUCCUCCGUCUUCGUCGUCGAUUACGGUGAUUGAGGUUCCAACAACGUUGGUGGCUGAGCCUGCAAUCCCGCCCGCAGUCGAGCCCGCAGCUCCAGUCGCUCCCGUCGCUCUAAACGCUGCUGCUGCUGCUGCAUCCGAACCGGCCUCCCCAGCCCGUCCGUCCAAUGAGGUCACGCCUUCUGUUCCCCACUCUCCUCCAUCGAGCGGGCCGGAGGCUCCAGAUUCGCCGCGCGCUCCCAUUCUGGUCAAGCCUGACGAAUCCAUCGCUUUGGACGACGCUUUGGACGAGGCCAUCGGCGUGCUUGACGUCUCGAUGAUUGAACGGGAGCAAGCAUCGCGCCGGCUGCCCGGAAGCGCCCGCGCAUCGCCGGCUGGGUCGCGUCUGUUUGAGAUUUCGCAUCGCCGGACUGCCAGCCGAGAAAACUCGUUUGGCCUGUCCACCAGUCCCGUUCCUUCCAGUCCCCAUCCCAACGAGCUUGUUCCUCCAGAGCCUGGUUCUGCAUUUGUUGCCUCGCACACGACGGUUGAACCCGAAUUGGCACCCGCCGUUGAGCCAGCACAACUGCCCUCCCCGGCGGCGUCGCCAGUGUCUCCGGCUUCCGUCCCCGUCAAAUCGCCCCCUUCCGCUCGUCACCCGUCUGCAAUCGUGAUGCCUGCGCGUGCGCCCGAUGCGGUUGUGGCUGCAUCAUCCUCAGCAGCUGCUGCCCCCGCUCCAACCGUGCCCGCUCCUGCGGCCACGAGGCCAGUCCAUGUCGGUACACCGCAGCCCAACUCUUCAAUCCGGUCGCCAUCCUUCCGCAGUCUGGCAACGGCAGUUGGCGACUCGGCUGCCGCAUCAUCUGUUCAUCCGUCCAAUCUAGCCGCUGCCGGCGACGCUGCGGAGGCUCCUGGCGUCUCUGUCACGGAAUCGGGUGUCAUCUUCCCUUCCGUCAAAGACCGUCGCAAUUCAUUCUACAGCGCAGCACAGAGCAGCUUUUCCUCGCCAACGCCACAAAAGCCUGCACCGACCACUCCUUCCAAGCGAUUGUCCAUGGUCUUCAAUCCGCAGCAAGCCGCCACUUCGACUACGCCAGCAACGCAGCAGCCUGUCGAAGAGUUUACCCCGACGGCCGGUUCCGUGCGCCAAGCCGUGUCGUCCUGGCGUGCCUCCUCGACGAGCAACACCCCGUCCGCAGCAUCUCCCACCGUCUCUGGCUCGCGCACCACCGCCUCGUGGCGUGCCAACUCUAUCGCGUCCACUACGCCUUCCACGCCGACCGGAGGAGCAGCAGCAGCCCGUGCAUCUUGGCGUGCAUCCCCCUCCGUCAGCAAUGCCUCUGCCAUCUCCAAGCCUGCAGCGCCAGAGGCUCCGGUUGCCGAAGCGCCAGAGAGCCCCGUUGAGAGCGUUCGAUCGCGUGCCGCCUCUUGGGUGAACUCGACCAACGUGCCGCGGGCUUCCCCAUCGCGUCCGAAUGGUCCGAAUGGGUCUGCUGCUUUGCGUGCUGCCAACGCCAUCAACGCGGCUGCUGCCGCCCCUUCUGCUCCUGCCGCUACUUCUACUUCUGCGCCGCAGGUUAGCUCUCCAAGCGCGUCAACCACACCCAAAACGUCAACUCCCGCUGCCACUCCUGCUGCCUCUGUGGCAACACCCGCCGCCUCGUCGCCAGCGACUUCAACAUUCACUCCAAUCAAGCGCAAGGACGAGCUGUACGACGCUGCCGAGCGCGACAUUCUCUCCGCGCUGGACGAUUUCGAUCGUCUGAUUCCGAACAAGUCGGCGCAGGUCACUGCUACCGUCGCAGCACCUGCAGCAGCGGCCGCUGCCGCUCCGUCCAUCAAGGCCACAGCGGCUGCCAACCCUUCUCUGGGAAGGCAGUGGUCGGUGCAAUCUGCCACGCAAGCGGCUGCCGCUGCUGCCAACACGCCAAAUCGCCCCGCCGGUCUCAUCACCUCGUCGUAUGUCAGUCCGCAUGCCCGCGCUGCAGGAUCUCCACUGCCAUCGUCGCCCAGCCCUGCCACAUCGUCCACUCAAUUGCACAAGCCAGUCCAGCCGGCGGCAGCAACAUCAGUUCCUUCAACUCCGGUUGGCACUCCCUCUGCUCCCGCCUUCCCGACCCCAAAGUCUCCGGCUGCAGCUCCUGCUGGAGACACUUCUGCGUCAGCGUCUACAGAGGCCGACGAUGUCGUCCCAGAGCUGUCGGCCACCGCGAUGGCCGCAUUCACAGCUCUGGAGUCUCGGUCCGGGUCUUCCUUGAGUCGCACACCGAGCAGCUCGGGCACCGGUGUUUCUGUCAAGCAAUCGCUUUCGCGCUCGUCCUCGAACAUGGACAGUGCCGACAAGCCCUCCGCCCAGAUUCGUGGCCAAUGCGGUGGUUGCGGCAAGGACAUCACAAUGGCCGAGCGCGCCCUUUCGGCAGCAGGCCGCAAGUGGCAUCAUGAUCACUUUGUGUGCGCCCAUUGCCAGAAGCCGCUGGGAAAGACGCCGUUCUUCGAGUUGAAUGGCAAGGUCUACUGCAGCGAAGACUACGAGUCGCUCUUCUUGCCCAGAUGCCACGUCUGUCAGAAGCCGCAGGCAGGCAACUAUGUCUCUGCCCUCGGCAAAAUCUGGUGCCCCGAGCACCUGACAUGUGGUGUCUGCAAGCAAGUCCUCUCGUCCUUUGUCGAGCACAAUGGCCAGCCGCUGUGCCAGAAGCACUAUGAAGAGCGCAAUCAACGGAUUUGCAAGCUGUGCACUUUGCCGAUUAGCUCGGGCGCGCUCACCACAGGGCAAGCGUACUACCAUCGCCAGUGCCUAGUUUGCAAGGUUUGCAGCACCGCUCUCGACUCGCAGCCUCAUUUUGUCGUCGAUGGCGCGAUUCUGUGCCAAGAGCAUUAUGCCAAGCGCUCUGGCUCGCUUACAUGCCACGGUUGUCAAAAACCACUUGUCGACACGUAUGUUGACGCGAUGGAGAAGCGAUGGCAUCCGACCUGCCUUGUGUGCACGACCUGUCGCUUGCCUUUCGAGGGUGGCUACUAUCCCCACGCCGGAAUGCCGUACUGCAAGAAAGACUUUUUCCGUCUGAAGAAUUUGCUGUGUGGCUCUUGCGACACGCCCAUCACGGACGUGUACGAGGAAGUGAACGGCAAGCGUCUGCAUGUGACUUGCGCCGCCAAGUUGAAGUAGUGUCAUUGUUUCGACCAUGUAUCUGUGUACAUGGGGGAAACCUCUGUGUCCCUUCCUUUUGUCUAUCGCUUGGUUCCGCCACACCAUGUUACCAUGUAUGUUGUUGAAGUUGUCAGUGUGUGCAGCGUUACCUCGUCAAAUCAUCAGUUAGUCAAAUCCGACCUUUCGUUCAGUC